AUGGUUCUGGCACAUAUUGACUUUAUUAAUGAAGUUAAUUCAAUUGAACAAUAUCAAUAUGAGUUAAUCAAUGAUUCAAUAUCAUUCGAAUUUCAUUCAGAUACAUUCAAAUUAUUAUUUCAAAUCAUUGAAGAACUAACAAUAUUGAUAACAGACGUUUCAGAUACACUUUUACUUCAUAUUCUAACUGUUUGUUUGCGAUUAUGUCAAAUACAUUUGAAAAUUUUAUGUUCUGUAAAAAUGAAUUUUGAUAAAUAUUUAUUGAAGAGUAAUGAUAAAGUAACAAAUAUGAUUCAAUCUUCUACAAUAUCUACAUCGAAUAAUCAACUUGAUCUAACAUCAUUUGCAACAGACGAUCAAUUACAAAAGUGGUUUGAAAUUUUACGGAAACUGAUUUGUACUGACAAUGGAAAACCUGAACAAGCUACUAUAUAUAGUCAAGCGUCAAAAGCUCUUAUUAAUAUUCUUGAUAUACAAUCAUCGUCAUUUAUAGAAAAGUUAUCAUUUAUUCAUAAGCAUAUAAUGGAAAAUAAACAUCCAGUAUUUGUAAAACAAUUAUAUAAAGAAUUAACAAAAAAUCAUGUUUUACUAAGUUGGAUUGAAAUUUUAUGUAAUGACAAUAAUAAAGAAGAAUCCGAACAAAUUCUAGCAUUAAGAAUACUUUAUUCAUUUAUUGAUAGUUGUUUUAAACCAUCGAACGAAAUAGAAAAUGAACAAAUUCAACAACGUAAACGAAUAUUAAAACUAUUUCAACAAUUACUAUUAAUGCAGUUAGUACCAAAAUUUCGAUUAAAAAUAAAAUCAAACAAUAAGUCUAAUAAUGAAAUACUUAUAGGUGUUGCUUCAAGUUCUAUAUCAUCUAUGAUAAUUAAAUAUAUUACUUACAUAUUAAAUAAUUAUAUUGAUAGAUUAACAAGUGUAAGAGAUUUAUUCAAUUCAAUACUUGCAGGUUUAUGUCUAAUGACAAAAACAAAUGAGAUAUUUGAUUUUGAUAUAAUACAACCAAUAUUCACAGCUAUUAUAUCACAACUCAUAGAAUAUGUAUUUCAAAAUAUAAACACUGAAGAAUAUGAAAACAAUAAUCUACAUUGUAUAUGUUGGUUAUUAGGAAAAAUGUCUCAUGUUAUGAUUAUUGGUUCACAAGAGAAUUUACUAGAAAAGAAAUAUAAUAAUAAAUUAAAAUCAAUUUUAUUUGCUGGUGGUUGUGAAAAAACAAUAAUUGAAAAUAAUAAAUAUCUAUUAGAUUCAAUCAAAUCUCCUUUAGCUAAUUAUAGUCAAUUUCAAUGGUCUAAUGAUAUGGAACAAUCAUCUUUUGAUAAUGAAUUUCUCAUGUCAAUUUAUAAUAAUAUUAAUCAAGGUGCACAAUUAAUAUCAAAAAUGAAAAUAUAUAUAAAAGAUAAACAACGUUUUUUACAAAAAUCAAUUGAACAACAAGUUAAUGAUGCAUUUGCUGCUGUAUUUGCUGUCUAUAUAAAAUAUUAUCGUCGAAUUAAUUUAGCUAAAUUUGAAUUAUUACGAAUAGAUAAUGAUAAACCACAUGAUAAACUUAUAUCUAUCUAUGAAUAUGCAAAUUAUGUUCAAACAUUAUUUGCUACAACAAAAGCACAAGGUGGUGAUUGUAAUGAACUUUAUAAACAAAUAAAAACUAAUGCAUUAUUUCUUUUAUCAUCUAUUCAAGAAAGUAAUUUAAUUCCAAUAAUCAAUGAAGAUUCUCAACAACCAUCAACACCACUUACACCAACAACAACACCGAUAGAACAUAAAACAAGACCAUUUUUUAACCGACAAAUCUCACGAUGGACAACAGCUAGACGUAUUCUUCAAUUGCUUCGAAAUACAAUGAAGGCUUGUAUACGUUUUAAAAAAUUAAUGAUAGCUAAGAGAGAAGCUAUUAAACAAAAAUUCGACAAUGAAAGUAUCUUAAAUCGUGCAAUUGACUCUUAUAUUUAUGGUGAUUCAUAUAAAACAAUAACAAGCGAAGAAAAACAAUUGGAAUUUGAUGAACUUAUUCAAUGUAUGUUACAACAGUAUAAACGAGCAAUGAUAAGAAUAAAUAUGUAUCGAUUUAUUCAAAUAUUUAUAGAAAAACUAUUAAAUAUUGAAGAUCAAAAUCGAGCAUUAACUAUCUUAUCUUUGUAUUUGUCAUGUUUAAAAAAUCAAAAUUUAGAAUGGUCCUAUUUAGAAAAUAUUGAAGCAUCAACAUGUAAUUUAAAAGAAGAGAUUGGAAAUAGUUAUUAUUCUAUAAUCAAAACUAUUCUAUUCCAUGCAUUACGAUCUACUACAUUUGAAUCAAAAUUUUUAUGGCAAAAUAUGUUCAACUUACUUAACUUAUCAUAUGAAUCAUUUGAUAUUGAAUAUCUUUACCGCGAUCAAUUUGUACAAACAUUAUUCACAUCAUUUGUUAGUUACAAUGAAAAGUCAAAUUAUAAUGUUGAAUUCUAUAGAAAAUUAAUUGGAUACAAUUGGUUUCGAUUGUUUGUUUUGAAAUUUUGUGAAGUCAUUCAAUUAGCAGAACAGACAAGUGUAGUCAAUAGACGCCUAAUCAAACAGCAAAAAUUUAUUUUCAAUACUUUGAUUUUAAAUGAACUGAAAGCAUUAAUACAAACGAUAUCAAUUGAUACAGAAAAUGAAACUAGUUGUUCUUCAAAUUUCGCAAAGAAUUCUUUAGACAAUCUUGCCAUUGGUUGGUUUAUUAAAAUUGCAACAACAUCUCAAAAUGAUACAUCGAUUAUUUCAAAUGAUCUCUCAUCAAAAUUCGAUAUUGAACUCUGUAUAAAACAAUGGUUAACCUUUCUACUUCGUCUUGUCCAUUCGUACGAACAUGUUCAAUCUAUUUGUGCAACAAUUGAUUACAUUGAAAAAUUACUAUAUAUUUAUCGAAACUAUCAGAAUAGUGUUACUGGUUUACUCUCAUUGAAAAUCUUACGUUACCUAAUACCCAAACAUACAAAGUACACGUCAAGAAAUGUUAUUGAAACAUUUUUUAAAGAAAUUUUAUCUUGUAUUGGAAAUAGUUUUACUUCGCAACAGCCUCCAUUAUACAUAAUCACUGAAUUAAUCUAUUUCUAUCGUACAGUAAUGUCUAUGAAAUCAUCAUGGCAAAUGAUGGCAACAAAAUUGAUUUUCGACACUAUCAUAUCAAGUCAGAAUAAAAUCAAUUUAGAAUUAUUCAAAACUGACGAUAAGAACCAAAUGAAUUGUUUGAUAGCAUCAUUAUGUAUAUUAGGUGGAUAUAUUCAGCCUUACUGCUUAGCUUCAAUUGUGAAAGUUUAUAAUGAUGAAGAUAAUAAUGAAUUUCAAUUGGCACUUAUCAUAGAAACCAACAUGAAUACUAAUGAUUCAGAUUUGCCUGAUGGAUUAUCUUAUGUGAUUCAAUAUUUAGAAACAAAUAAAAUUGAAACAGUGACAAUUGAUAAACUACAAAUUGAAAUCGAUGUUCCACCACCAAAUCUACUCUUGUUACCAAACAUAAAUGAAACAAAUAUUGCUAUACAUUCACUUUUUGAUGCAUUGGCAUAUUUUAUACAAAUUGAUACAUUAAAAAAGGAACCUGUACUAUUAUUACAAUUGCAACGUCAUUCAAUGGCUGUUCUCUGUCACAUAUUGAAUGAUAAAACACUCAUCGACAUAUUCAUGCAAAAACCAUAUGCAUCUAUUAUUAUUAAAUUAUCCAUAUCUGAUUCGAUGUCGGAAAAUUAUCGACAACUAUCUGAUUUACAACUAAUGAAUAAACAACAUUUGGAACAGUAUUGUUUAAGUUUAGAUACAUAUCUACGCUUGAAUGAAAUUGUACACUACGAUAAUGGUAAUAGUAAUGAAUUAUUACAUGAUAUGAUAGUUGUAAAUAGUAAACAUAAGUCUUCAGCAUAUAUUUGGAAUCAUGAUCAAAUUAAUCGUAAUCAAUUGAUUGUUAAUGCUCUAUCAACAAGUGUAUUCAAAUAUAAUGGUUGGAAGCCAUAUGCAUCAGAAAUUGAAAUUGAAUCGUUUAAAAGUGGUCGAAUCGGAAGUAAUGAACUUAGAAUUGUUCCGAUGCCGCUUGACACUAGUGAUUCAAGAGUAUUUGAAGAAUGUGGUAAUAAUCAUAAAUUCAAAGGACGAAUUUCUCCAAGUUUAGAAAAUACUAAAACAUCGUUUCCAACGUAUAUUAUUGAUGAUGUUCGAGUGAGUGAAGGUAAAUGGUAUUAUUGUGUUAAAAUACUAGUUAGUGAUGUUUUUCAAAUUGGAUGGGGAACAAAUGGAUUUACACCCGUUCCAAACAACGGUCGGGGAAUAGGUGAUGAUAAAUAUUCUUGGUCGUACGAUGGAUCACGUGGUGUUAUUUUCAAUGAUGGAGAAUUUCGUUUCACUUCUGAUGAUAUACGCUGGAAAGAAGAUGAUGUUUGUGGUUGUGGUAUUGAAAUUGAUGGUGAGAAUAUUUGUAUCAAAUAUUGGCUCAAUGGAAAAUAUCUUGGUAAAGCUUUUGAACAUCAAUCAAAUAUCACAUCAACAACGACAAAAUGUAAUAUGUUACCAAAUGGACGGCAGGGUACUAUCUAUUUUCCUGGUGUUUCUUUACGUUCUUAUUCUAGAAGCCGUUGUGAACUUAUUUUUAGUCCAGAAGAUAUGACGAAAUGUCCAUUACCGAAAGGUUAUAAACCAUUACUACUACCAAAAUUGAUUAAUAUUGAAAAUUCUAUUGUCGCUUAUCCUUACAGUGCUUAUUUGAUUGAUGAUUGUGUUGAAAAUAAUUUUCAUAUAGAUCGAAGGAAAACAUCAACAACUUUUCUACGUGAUUUUGUAAAUGAACAUCAUCUUGAAACAACAUUUACUAUCGAUGAUCAUCAAUUAGUAUUGCCAGAAAAUAGUACUGGUUUAUCACUUUCUAUCAAUAAUGACGAUACAUCAUCAUUGACAAUCAGUUUUGAUUUUAAAAUUUUAAAAAGUUUUGAAAAUGAUACUACCACCAAAACAUUGGAUAUCUUUAUCAUUACUCUAGAGACCACUGAAAUAUUCUCAGUACAAACUUCAAUAAGUAAAAUUGAUGAAGAGAUACGAACUGUGAUUAUAUUUGAUCCUACACCAGGACAAAUGAUAAUCUAUUUCAAUAAUGAAUGCCGAAAAUUUCAUGUGACUUUUGAAACUGCAAAAAUGACGAAAUUUAAUUUUAAUAUAAUACCUUAUGUUACCAUUGGAAUAAAAAAUCUCGGCAUUUGGAAAUAUGCUCUUUCUGAAGAACAUAUUCAACGUCUAUUCACUUAUGGUUUAUUCUAUGUAGCGGUCGAUUAUCAACAAUUGAAAGAAUAUCGAAAACAAGCAAAUACUAUUACGUUUCAUAAAAAUCAACAACAAUUUUUAAACGAAUUACUUAUUCCAUUUGAUGAAUCAUUCGAAGAGAACAUAUGGGAAAUAAAGAAGAAACAAGUUGAUGUUGAUGAAUCAAAAUAUUUUAGAACGAUUGUUGGAACCGAUGAAUCUGUUGUACAAUUAUUUGGAAAUAAAACUUAUCUUGUUCUAGACAAAUCAGCUGAUCUAUGGUACGAAUAUACACUUAUUCUAGAUAUUUGCAUACCUAAUUGGCCAAUGAAUAACGAACAAUUGACACUAUUGACAUUGAAUACAAAAUCAGAAAUUUAUAUUACACAUAAUGGUAAAAUUGUUCUAUCGAGUAAUGGAAUACAAAAUAAAAGUGAUUCGACAUUAAAUUUGAAUGAAUAUUUUCGUUUACAUAUGUCAUUUGAAAAGAAAUUUGUCAAAAUCUACGUGAAUGGAUUAUUGAAACUAAAUGUCAAUGUUGAUAAGGAUCAGUUCAUAAUAAAAGCCAAACGGAUUGAUCUAUUUCGAGAAAUGGAUUUGACAAAGAAUACGACUAGUGAUGAUAGACUUCGCAUCGAAUGUAAAUCGAUUACAUUUCUAAAUAGUUCAUUAGUGGAUGCUGAUAAUUGUGAAGAAAUGAAAUCGACAAAAUAUUCAUUAGAAACAUUGAUUGUGCCACCUUUUUCAAUCGUUGCAUUAAAUUUAAUUGCAAUUGGAUAUAAAGAAGCAUGGAUAAAAUAUGUUAUGAAACAAUACAAUACGAGUAACAUUCAAUUAAUUGAUACAAUUAUACGUGAAAAAAAAGAAGAAUUCUUAAAGAACGAUGUUCAGAAUCGACAAAAACGUUACUUUAAUAUUUUUUCAAGAUUAAAUCCAUCGAUCGAUAGAGAAAAAUUGGAAGAGUUACUCAUGUUUUCGAAAUUUGAUUCCGACGAACAAGUGACAAAUGCUUAUGAACUCGUAUUACUUCAUUGGCAUGAUCUACAGACACCGAAAUCUUUGUUUAAGACAUAUGAAACAAAAGAAAAUCUUGCUAAUUCAAAUGAAACUGAAAAUUUAUUUUCAAACAAGAAAUGGUACUGUCAAAUUGUUCGCGAUUUAGAUGUCAAUGAAGAUCUAGAUGAAUGGAUUCAAGAUAAAAUAAAAAUGGUUGAAAUAGAAGAUCUCACUUGUCAAUUGUUUGAUUUAACAAAAUCUGAACAAGAAUUAUCAACAAUGAUAUCAAUUGUAGGAGGUCAACGAAAAAAGAUUAAAAAAUCAAUUCAAUAUUCACAUCAGCAAAUUUCAAAACAAAAAUAUAUGACCUUCCGUAUCGCCUGUGAACAUGAAUUAAUGAUGAUCUAUGCACGUUGUACUAUAUUCAAUAUGUUAAAAGUUUGGUCAAAUCAUAGUUUAAAUAAAUUUCCAUGGGAAAUAUUUGGUGAUUAUGGAUUCAUAACUACAUUAUUACAAUUGAUGGAUUAUCAUUAUAUGUAUACAAGUACACAUAGAGAUGAGAAUUUUGAUGUCAUAACACAAUGUCCACAAAGUUUUCGUGAUAUAUUGAAAAUAAUCGAUAUUAUCAAUGUGUUGAACGAUAAAAAAAGGCAAGCACAAUUUUCUGAAGUUGUUUUUUCAAUAAUCGAUGAUGAUUCAGAUGAAUCUUUGAAAUUCACUCGAGACGAUGUUGAAAAAUCGAAUAGCCAUUUCGAUAUGGUAGCUGAUCAACAAUUGAUUAGUUUUAUGAAUAAACAAUUGCUGAUCAAUGACUCAUUCACAGAUUUUAUUCAGAGUCUAUUUAUCGAAGAUAUGUCCGAUGCGACAUUCUACAAAACUUAUUCAUCUCUAUCGAAUAUUCCAGCUGCUUGUAUAAUAACGCGUGCAAAACUGUUCUAUCGAUUAAGUAUGCUUAUCGAAAAAGUUGUAUCACUAUUGAAUUUUACUUUAUCACCGGGACAGAGUAUUUUAACAGAUAAAUUUCGAGCACAUAAAACUUAUUUAUUGUACUCAACAAAACUUCAAUGGUUCGAGCAAUGUCUACAGAAAACUGGAGCAACAUCGUUACAACAUAUUCCUUCAAUUAACUUUGAUGCGAUAAAAGCAAGUAAUGUUGAUGAUAAGGACGAAGGUACUAUGUUUCAUCAAGCUUAUGAUCAAUUACAUAAAAACGCUCAAAUAAUAUUUCGAAGAGAAGAGGAACAACUUUGGCUAGCACAAUACAUUGGAAUGCAUAGUACCGAUCAAGGUGGACCCUAUCGAGAUUCAAUAACGCGUAUUUGUUCAGAUAUAUGUAGCACACGAUUGUCAUUAUUUAUUUUGUGUCCAAAUGGACGAACACAAAGUGGUUUAAAUCGUGAUCGUUGGAUUCCAAAUAUAUUUCCACCAAAUAAAUCAAUUCCAACUAAAAUAAAAGAACAAUAUCGAUUCAUUGGACAAUUAAUGGGCAUGGCAAUACGUCAAAAACAUUAUUUAGACUUAAAAUUUCCUAUUCUAAUUUGGAAGCAAUUAGUACAAGAACAAAUAACUAUGGAAGAUAUUGAAGCAAUUGAUAUUCAAAGUUUUACAAUUAUUAACGAGAUGGCAAAGAUUGUAAAUCGAAAUCAAUCGACAGAUACUGAGAAUGAUAUUAAUUAUUUACUCAACAGUAUUAUGAGUGAAUUACAUUUUGAUAUUGUUAGUUCAGCUGGACAAACUUAUGAACUUGUACCUGGUGGUGCAGAAAUUCCAAUUACAUCAAACAAUUUAAAACAAUAUUGUACAUACUAUUGUACAUAUCGUCUAAAUGAAUUUUAUCGACAAAUUGAAUUUAUUCGUCAAGGUUUAUAUAGCAUUGUACCAAGUUAUUAUUUGAGUUUGUUUACAGCCAGUAAUCUUGAAGAAGCCGUAUGUGGAAAAGGACAAAUUGAUAUUGAAUUAUUGAAACGAAAUACAAUUUAUAGAUAUGAAAAUGAAAAUAAACCACAUAUUCAACGAUUUUGGAAAGUUCUAAGUGAAUUGUUUGAUGAAGAUCAAAAAAAAUUGCUUUUAAUAUUUGUUUGGGGACGAAAUAUAUUACCAAGUACAGAUGAAGAAUUUACAUCAAAAUUCAUUAUUAAUCCAUACUAUACAAUCAAUGAAGAAGUAGAUAAAGUACUUCCACGUUCACAUACAUGUUUUUUUUCAAUCGAUUUACCUGAAUAUUCGACGGCCGAAAUUAUGUACGAACGUUUGAACUAUGCUAUUACCCAUUGUUCAAGCAUCGAUGGCGAUGGCAAUAUGGUUGAAACUAUUGAUUUAAGAGAUUUUGUUUCGGAUGAUGAAAUAUUAACAAUGUGA